AUGUUACUCAUAAUUAUCUGUAUUUGUUUGACAUUCAUUGCAUUGAUUUUAACUAUAAUAUGGUUACUAAAAACAUCUGGUUUGUUUCAUUCCAUACGUGUACAUGUUAAAGAACCACCCAUUGAUGAAUGUUUUAUUGCUUAUAAAUUUCAACGUGGACCAUAUUCGACAGCUGCUGAUAUUUUCAAAGAUAUUAUGAAUUUUUCACCAUCUGCCAAUACAAUUGGCAUUUAUUAUGAUGAUCCUAAUAGUGUGAGUUUUUUUCUCUACGAAUAAGUUUGAAUUAGUAAAUGCCAUAGUUGAUAGUAUUUUUAGGUUUCAUCUAAUUCUUCCAGUAAUUUACUUAGAUUUUUUUGUUCAUGCACAAAUUUAAGAUAGAAUAGUUUUUGGACAACUUGUUCUAAUAGAUGUUGUCACAUUAAAUGUCAAGAUACACCCGUUGAUGAC